CAGCUCUCUCGACCAUGGUGCAACCCGCCUUGCACGACGACGCCGCGUCGACGCUGCUGCCACGUGCAGAGACGCGGCGCCUCGUCGACCGGCUCCGCGCCUUUGGCCUGGACAAGCACGUGGACCUGCCGCAGAUCGCAGUGAUGGGCGACACGUCCAGCGGCAAGUCGUCCGUCUUGUCGGCGCUCUCGGGCAUCGCGUUCCCGUCGGCCGGCGAGCUCACGACGCGUUGUCCGACGCAGCUCAUCCUCUCGCACGCACAUACACUGCAUGGCACUGUCCGUCUCCGCCGCUUCCAGUCGACCGCCGCGCCAGCAACCGUCACGACGAUCACGACCCUCGACCAAGUCACGUCGGCGAUCGAAGCGCUGACGACGCAGCUGCUAGCCGAGGGCCAGAGCAUCAGCGACGACGCGAUCGAGAUCACGCUUCAGGGCCCGAGCUUUCCGGAUCUGACGCUCACCGACCUCCCGGGUCUCGUGCGCACCGUGCGUGAUGGCGAAGACCCACGCAUGAUCCCACGCGUGCGCCAGCUCGUCAAGCGCUACCUGGCGCAGGAGCGCACCAUCAUCCUCGCCGUCGUGCCGGCCAACGUCAGCAUGCACAACUCGGAGAUUUUGCAAGCUGCGGCCGAGGCCGACCCGACUGGCGCCCGGACGCUCUCGAUCAUCACGAAACCGGACCUCGUCGACGUCGGCGCCGAGGCUGGCGUCGUCGAGUUGCUUCUCAACAAGACCAAGCAGCGCCGCCUCGGGUACCACAUGGUCAAGUGUCGCGGCCAGCACGCGCUCAACACGGGCGUGUCGAUAGCGGACGCUCGCCGCGACGAAGCCGCCUACUUUGCGUCGCACGACGUGUGGCGCACCAUCGAUCGGUCGCUUCUCGGCACGCAGAACCUCGCAUUGAAGCUCUCGGCGCUGCUCACCGACACGAUCGAGGCGGCGCUGCCGGCUGUCGCUGCCGAGUUGGACUCGCAGAUUCGUGAUUGCAAGCAUCGUCUGGCGGAGCUCGGGGCGCCAUUGGACACGCCCGAGGCCCGCCGCCGAAGCUUCUCCAACGUCGCUCGGACGGUCACGUCGCGGCUCGGCAUGGCGCUCGACGGCUCGUACAACGACCUGUCCUUCUUUGACAACGAUGAGGUCGGUGCAGACAACCGGCUCCGCGCGCAGCUCCGGGCGUUCGAGUCCGAGUUUAGCUCAGCCGUGGCCGACCACGCGACCGUGACAACGUCGAUGGCCGACGACGCGGCGCGGAGUGUGGCGGUCGGCGACUACGUGCACGUGCGAGCAGCUGACGGAUCCUGGACGCUGGACCAAGUCACGCGACUCCACGAGCGUCCAAAUGAGGUGUUGACGACGUCGCAGCCGACGCACUGGCUCACGUACAGCCUUGACUGGCGCCACCUCCCGCGUCUGAACCUCGACGCGAUCAAGACGCUCAUGGUCGCCAACCGCGGUGACGAGCUCCCGCUCUUCCUCUCGUACACGACCUUUGCCAACAUUGUGCGGCAGCAGUACGUUCGGCAAUGGCACGCGCCCAUGCACAGUCUCUACGGGUCGUAUGCCCGGUCGCUCAAGGUCCUUCUCGGCCGCGCCAUCGCGUCCAGCACCAGUGUUGGUGCGCUCCAGCGGCAUCUCACAUCGGUGGCCACGGACCUCAUGACGUCGCUCGGCCGAGCCAUGGAAGAGACGUUGGACGAAGCUCUCGCGAUGGAAGCACGACCGUACACGAUGAACACCGACGUAGCUGCUGGGUUCCACCGCCAACGGUCGAUGCCGUUGCUGUCGGCCCUGGAUGCCCUUGCUGAUGAGAGCGACGACGGCCGUGUCUCAAUUGGCGCAGUCAAGGCCGUCGUGCAACUCCAUUGCAUGACGCACGAGUCGCUCGACGACCUCCAGGCGCGGGACCUGCUCUGGGCGCUGCAGGCGUACCUGCACGUGGCUGCCAAGCGCUUCAGCGACAAGAUCCCAAUGCUACUCCAAGCGCGCUUCUUGGUGCCGUUCAUGACGGAGCUCAGACACCAGCUGGCGACGACAGAGGCGACCGAUGCGAUCCUCGAACGGCUUUUGCGCGACGGAAAUGCCACCGCGCGCACCGAGCUCGCGGCUAAGCUGCGCGCGCUGGAGCAGGCCAAGGCCGAGAUCCACGCUGUCGUCUGAAAUUUACGAGUUUGAAUACACAAGCUUUGCAUUACCAGA